AUGGUUUCUGCUGCGAAUCACGACGGUAGCAGCGGUGCUGCAGCAGGUCAGAACAAGCAGAUCGAGGAUGCGAUGAGAACGAUUCUGAGUGAGUUGGGAGAGGACCCGUCGAGAGAGGGUCUUCUUAAAACUCCGAGCAGAUACGCGAAGGCGAUGCGUUUCUUCACUCAGGGGUACCAACAGGACCUCGACACGGUGCUGAACAAGGCAAUCUUCACGGAAGACUCCGAUGAGAUGGUCAUGCUGAGGAAUAUAGAGCUCUUCAGCAUGUGCGAGCACCAUCUCGUUCCCUUCCAUGGCCGCGCGCAUAUCGCCUACCUCCCUCGAGGAAAAGUCGUCGGGCUGUCGAAGCUCGUCAGGGUGACUGAGUUGUACAGUCGAAGAUUGCAGGUCCAAGAGAGGUUAACAAAGCAGAUUGCCACAGCAUUGCAAGAAAAGUUGGAGCCUCAUGGUGUUGGAGUUGUCAUCGAAUGCGUUCACCUCUGUAUGGCUAUGAGAGGUGUUCAGAAACCUCACAGCACGACCGUUACUUCGUGCAUGCUGGGAGACUUUAGGACGGACGCGCGAACUCGCAACGAAUUCCUCCACCUCGUCCGGUCGGCCCCGCAGGCGUUCUAG